AUGAACUUCCGUGCAGCUUCUAGGCCCGCUCUUGCGACGGCACUUGGUGUGCGCUGUGCUGCUGCUCCUACGCUGGCGGGCUUCCAUGUGAGUGCCGCUCCUCAGGCGUCGCUUCGUGAGUUGGAGGCUCGCGUUAAGAGUGUUAAGAACAUUGAAAAGAUCACCAAGUCCAUGAAGAUGAUUGCCGCUACGCGUCUUGGCCGUGCUCAGCGUGCUAUGGACUCGGCUGUUGCCUUCGGCGACGCUAGCGAGGAGCUGUUCAAGCAGGCCGAGGUGGAAGCCCCAAAGGACAGUGAACGUGUACUCUUUGUGGUGGUGUCCUCGGACCGUGGUCUCUGCGGUGGUAUUCACUCGUCUGUAUCUAAGAAGACGCGCGCUGCUGUAGCUGAGCUCGCUAAGGCUGGCGGUGAGCAGCCGAGCAUCAUCGUUCUUGGUGAGAAGGCCAAGGGUCAGCUGAGCCGUGCUCUGCCGAACAACCUUGUGCUCUCGUUCAACCAGAUCGGUAAGGGCGUGCCAACAUACGAGGAUGCCCUGGCCAUCAGCACCACCAUCCUGAAGCACAACAUUCCGUUUGACAAGGUCAACAUUGUGUACAACAAGUACGUGUCGUCGCUUUCGUUCGAGUCGGCCAUCACGACCGUCCACACCGAGGAGGCGCUUCUGAACGCCCCCAAAUUCGGCGCUUACGAGAUCGAAGAGGGCAUCUCGCGGGAUCUGGCUGAGUUCUCGCUGACGAACUCCAUCUUCUACACACUGGUUGAGGGCCACGCCUCCGAAAUCAACAGCAGGCGUAACGCUAUGGACAACGCCUCGAAGAACGCUGGUGACAUGAUUACGAGCCUCAACCUGCUCUACAACCGUGGUCGUCAAGCCAAGAUUACGAACGAGCUCAUCGAUAUCAUUACCGGUGCCUCGUCGCUCUAA